AAGCUGGGAACCGGGGAGAUGGCCGAGACUGACCCUAAGACCGUGCAGGAUCUCACCUCGGUGGUGCAGACACUCCUGCAACAGAUGCAAGAUAAAUUCCAGACCAUGUCCGACCAGAUCAUUGGAAGAAUUGAUGACAUGAGCAGUCGCAUUGACGACCUGGAGAAAAACAUUGCAGACCUCAUGACACAGGCUGGGGUGGAAGAGCUGGAGGGUGAGAACAAGAUCCCUGCCACGCCAAAGAGUUGAAGCAGGCGGCUAAUUCCCCCUGAAGUCCGGAACAGCAUUUUCACAAGCCGAGAGAAGACCGAACGUCUUUUUGAAGGAACUGCUGUGUGUAGACAGGUUUUCUCCCCUGAAGUGUGUGUUCUUCUUCCCACGUGCUGUAUAGUCAGUCGGUAGCGCGAUCCUCCCCCCAGUGUCUUGAACUUGGUAACUCCACAUCUUGGACCUUGGUCAGUCGUGCUGUUAAAUAUUAAACACUAAAAUUUUGGCGGUUCCUACA